AUGGCAACACCAAUGGCGUCACCCUCAGCAGUUGCCGGCACAACUGCUCUCUUCUUCACCGGUGCACUGGUCAUGCGCGGUGCCGGAUGUACCAUAAAUGACCUUUGGGACCGGAAUCUCGAUCCACAUGUUGAGCGCACGUAUCUGCGUCCCAUCGCAAGAAAAGCCGUCAGCCCUCAAGCUGCCAUUGUGUUUACCGGUGCUCAGCUUCUAACUGGUUUGGCUGUCUUGCUUUCGUUGCCCUUUGAGUGCUUCUGGUAUGCAACACCAUCAUUGCUGCUUGUGGCUACAUAUCCCCUAGCGAAGCGGGUCACAAAUUAUCCGCAAUUCGUCCUCGGACUCACGUUCUCCUGGGGUGCCAUGAUGGGCUUCCCCGCGCUUGGAGUUGAUCUACUUUCCAACACAGUUGCUCUGACAGCAGCCGCGUGCCUUUAUGCGAGCAACGUCGCGUGGACCGUCCUCUAUGAUAUGAUCUAUGCUCACAUGGAUAUCAAGGACGACGCAAAGGCUGGCAUUAAGAGCAUUGCAUUGAAGCAUGAGAAAGAAACAAAGGCUGUUCUAACCGGCCUUGCCGCCGUGCAGCUCGGCCUCUUAGCCGCCACGGGUGUUGCCGCAGGUAUGGGACCCGUUUUCUUCACUGGUGCUUGCGGAAGCGCCGCCGCCACACUUGGGACAAUGAUCUGGAGAGUUCAGCUCCAAGACGUAAAGAAUUGCUGGUGGUGGUUCAAGAACGGUGCCUGGUUUACAGGAGGUGGAAUCGCGCUCGGCCUGACCGGCGAAUACCUUGCGCAAUACCUGGGCUGGUACGACGAUGAGGAAAAGAACGACGAAAAGAGUAGGGAAUAG